AUGAGUAGACAGAGCGGGGCGGGUCUCAAGACCCAGGUCCAAGAGGAAGCGCAGGAGCCGGAGUUCCGUCCGCGCCGCCAGGACGCGUCUACCCGACCUCGGCCCCCGCCGCCCGCCCUGGAGCCGCUGAAGGACGUCCACCUGGGCCUGGCCCCGCCCAACCGCGGCCCCGCUCGCCUGGCCCUCCUCUCGGGCCACUACCUUUACUAUCACUACGGCUGCGAUGGCCUGGACGACCGGGGCUGGGGCUGCGGCUACCGCACUCUGCAGACGCUGUGCUCGUGGCCAGAGGGCCGGCCCGCGGGCGUGCCCGGACUGACCGCCGUGCAGGCGGCUCUGGAGGACAUGGGUGACAAGCCCCCCGGGUUCCGGGGCUCCCGGAGCUGGAUUGGUUGUGUAGAAGCCAGCCUCUGCCUCGACCACUUCGGAGGGCCCCAGGGGCGCCUGUGCCACGUACCCCGUGGAGCAGGGCUUCAGGGGGAACUGGAGAGGCUUUACUCCCACUUCGCUGGGGGCGGGGGGCCUGUAAUGGUUGGGGGGGAUGCAGAUGCCGGGUCCAAGGCCUUACUGGGAGUCUGCCUGGGUCCAGGCACAGAAGCCUAUGUUCUGGUAUUGGACCCUCACUUCUGGGGUGCUCCGAAAAAUCCCAGUGAACUACAGGCAGCUGGGUGGGUAGGAUGGAGAGAGGUAGGCACAGCCUUUGACAGCAACUCCUUCUACAACCUGUGUUUGACCAGCUGCAACUCCCAGAAGCAGAAGCAUGCCCUGGACUGAGGCUCGGGUCCCAGAAUGGAGACUAUCUCUGGACCCAAACAUACCUAAAUAAACCCUUUACUCCAAGGCAAAAGCUGCCUGGGUCUUUGGAGUCA